AUGCCACUGGGGGUCAAUGAAGUUGAAAAAUAUUUUUUUCAACUAACUGCUGAAAUAUUACGCAAUGCUUAUAUUCCAGUUUUCUCACAUGGCUAUAUCUGGUCUGUUGAAACAUCAUCCGGUAAAUGGAAACCAUAUUCAUAUAGAGUACAUAGAAUGAUUGAGAGUGCUCAUAUUGAGUUUGAUAAUGAAAAAUCGGAGCGAUGUCAAAUAAUCUUUUCAUCUAUGCAAGAAGAAUAUCAAACACGAAAACGAACAGUCAAACGUAGACGCAUAGACUUAGCAUUACCAAAUUAUUGGGAUUUGUCCGACGCUAAUUUUAAUCGAUUAGUUCUUUUGGAAUCUUCUAAAGAAUAUAUAGAUGUUUUGAAUCAAUUUAAUUCGACAAUGAAAAAUAAUUAUUCAGAAAUCAUCAAAAUUGAACGUAUUCAGAAUGAACGUUGGUACAAACAGUAUGCGGCCCAUCGAGAUGAUUUUAUACAGCGCUAUACACAACCUGAUGAACGGCUUCUUUUUCAUGGCUGUAAUAGUAUAUCAGCUGAUAAAAUUGUACAAGAAUGCUUUAAUCGAGCAUUUGCUGGUGUUAAUGCUCGUGUUUUGAUUGGUAAGACAUGUGUCGGUAAAUCAUCGAUGAAAGUACCACCUGAAGGUUUUGAUACAACUACAGAUGGCAAACAUAUUUUUGUGGUUUAUCAUGAUGCUGGUGCCUAUGGUGAAUAUCUUAUAACGUAUAAAUGA